UCUUUUAAUUAUUAGAAAGCUAAAUUGUUAAUUUUUAUCCUUUCAACAAAUGGAAGUUUUAUCUUCUUGAUUUUAUUUUGAAACUUAAUAUUAAAUCACCACCUUUGAUUUAAAGAUAGAAAAUUACAUAAUGGCAGCCUAAAUCUGAUUUUCAAAGGCUCAAAAGAUUAAUUUUCCAUUUGGUUAUCUAUUUUCAAGAUUAAAAUAUUAUUGAAUCUUGAAAUCGGAAUUUCCAUACAGCAGUUCGGUAAAACUUUUACUGGGAACGUUUGGCUGGGAAUCUGAAGCUGAAAUUUUAUAUGUAGAUCAUAAAAACAUUUAUCUACAUCGUGUCAAAAUUUCAAGAUUUUUGGAUAAGAAACGAAUCCUGUACGAUUUUUACAAGUUGGUUGUAGUUUUAAAAUCCGAUAAUUAACAUGGCCGACUUUAUUAUAUUGUGAAAGGAUUAAUUCUCUUUAUUUUAUUAUUUGACUAAGGAAAAUAGUUAUUAAUUAUCUUCCUUAAAUUAAUUUGCAGUUAUUUGGAUUUAAUUUGGAUGGUUAAGUAUUUUGAUGAUUAUUAUUAAUAAUUAUCAAUAAUUAUUUAAUCUAGACCACUGGAUUCAAAUUAUUCAUUCUAAGCCGUUAGAUUUAUUUCAUGGAUCAAUAUCAACCUCUUGAUGUGGCCAGCUAUCUUGAUUAAAUUCUUCAAUGAUAAUUAUUUUUUAAAUUAAUCAAUAAUUAUCCUUUGCUAAAUUAUUUUUCAACCAAUAGAAUUAUUUUAUUAAAACACCAAAAUUUCUUAUUGGUUGGCCAAGUCUCCUAACUAGUUUAAGCCACCAAUUCUCUUCUAUCUUUUCUACCAUCCUCACCCUAUAAAUACCCAAGUCUUUCACCCUCAAAUGACACACACAACAAUUAAUCAACCAAAAAUCUCUAGAGUUUUGUAUUGACAAACUCUCCUCUUCUCUCUCUUUCUCUUAGUUACAAAACCCCUUAGGACCUUGCCUCACGCACAAAUCAAACACCACGCACAAUCGAAAAACCGCAGCUUAUUAAGCUACAAACCGCCACCUUUCACAGCAAACCGCCACCUAUUCUUCACCAUUGCGCCACAGCGUUGUUCCCUUUGCGAUUCACAUCUUUUGAAGCCCAAACGUAAAAGGUUUUAACCUGAGGGUUUCAUCAACUCAAUUUAAUAUUUUUAUUAUUUAAAUUAAUUAUUUUAGUUUAUUUUAAUUAUUUAAUUAUUUAAGCUUUGAUUAUUAUUUUUCCUUGUCAAUACUAACGGUUUAUUUGCGUUGUUGGAUUUUAGCAAUAAAUCAACGCACUCGAGGUUUUAACAUCUAAUGGCGGACGAUCGAUUCCGUGUUCGAGUUGACGAUGUUGAAUCUAACUCAGAUGAUUCAUCUAAUGAUGGGGACCAGCCGUAUGAUGUGAACAAGGAAACUGAUUUGGGUGAGCCAGAAGAUCAGGAGCAAGAUGUAUUGGAGAGAAUGAUAGAUGACUUUGAAAUUGCGGCUGAGCAAGCGCCUCCAAUCGAUAAUGCCAUUAUGGAGCCGUUUCGUGAGGAUCAAAGUGGAGCGGGGGUGCAGGCACCAGCGAAGAAAAAGCAGAGGGGUCCGACGACAGCUUUCAAGAAACCUGUCGGUCCUAUGGUCUUGGAGUAUGACAGUGUAGGGCAACCCUCAGGUAAAUAGCGUCGUCAGUAUGCUGGUCAAGUUGGGAUUUGUGCGCGCAAAAUCCCCAUUACGCUUCGUAUGUGCGACAUACCUACAGGCUUGAUUGACACGUUUUGGAAUAAUACCAGGAGUCUAUUUAACAUUCCAAAUGAGUAUGCCAAGCGAAGGGUGUUUGAAUCCUUACUUGCGGCAAGAUUCAGAAGCUUCAAGUGUAACUUAGUUCGUCGGUUUAUCACAAAGAAACUUGUGAGAAAACCAAAUAACAAGAAAGGAGAUGCCAGUGAUGAUGAUGUCAUCGAUGAAGAUAAACUCCCAUGGCAAAUAUGGCCUAGCAUCUCGAAGGAUGAUUGGGAAGCUUUCGUUCUUCAAAAAUGUAAAAAAGAAGAAAUCGAAAUGAGGGAGCAGAAUUCCCGUAAUGCAAAGCAAAAGCAAUACCACCAUCAUAUGGGAGCAAUGACGUAUGAUGAAUGGAGGGAUACGUGGGUGAGUGAAGGAAUAUACCCAACAACGCUUCUAGGGUCCUCCACAGCGCCAUCUGACUCCACGACCAGUACUUUGGUGAGUCGUGCUGGGGAUUUCUUUUGCUCUAUGCAUUCGCGGGACAAGAAAACCGGAAAAUGGUCCAUCAAGGCUCCGGAAACCAAACUCAUGACAGAUAAGCUACUUGAGUACACCGGAGAGCUUGUUGAAGGCAAGCUCGUCCCGACGGUAGAGAAGGACCCCUUCACCUUGGCUAUGGGAAAGCCCUACCAUCCGGGACGGGUAUUAGGUGCUGGGGGAAGCUUGCUAGGAUGGGAGAAGGUAAUGGGUCCCGAAUAUACCAAAUCUGCAAGAUCCCGAGCAAGUGUGAACUCGCCACAGAAAAGCGAUGCAACAGUGGCUUCAAUUAAAGAACAAGUGCGCAAUGAGAUGCGCGAAGAGUUCAAUGCAUGGGUGAAGCAAAUGAAUUUCCCGACCUUGCCCUUCCCCUCGACAACACCGGUGGACUCAAGGGGGCUUGAUACUCCGACACCUCAUGACUUUCCUAUUCUGCAGGAAGAGACCCGUUGUGAACUUCUUCACCCGGGCGAAUCAUUUGAUGGACCUUUGACUCUUGUUGCCUAUGGUAGUGCACAACCGGCCGAACAAGGUACGGUCCAUUUGCGUCCUCUUCUGCCUGAGCAUUAUUCUGUCGGGAUCCAUUCUGUGGUUCCCGGGUUCGAGGACAUCUUAAAACUUGUGCCCAUGGAGGAGGAUGAGUUCACUACACUUUAGGCAGCAAAAGGUAGUUUUGUGCAAUGGCCAUCCGCUUGGAUACGGUUGAUGAACCAGCCAUCGAGGAUAAGCCAAACUCCAAAGAAGAGGGUGGAGGGCCCAAAGGCGAGGAGUGACCAUGGCUCGGUUAGUGGAAAAGCGUCGAUGAAGGCAAGCUCACGAGGUUCAGAUGCGCAAGCUACUCCAUUAGUUGAAGACACGGUGCUUCAAUCGCUAUCUCAAGAGUUAGCUUAUUUGCACAACCGUGUUUGCGUGUUGCCUAAUGACAGCCCCAUCCAAAUUGAACUUCCUAAGGAACUGUUCCACUACGAUGAUGAUGCAACCGCAUGGCUAUUCAAAGAAGAUGUGAAGGAAUUUCUAAGCGGUUCAAUGCUUAACAUUUCCCUCAUUCAAAUAUCCAUGAGGUAAUUGAACUGGUACUCAAUUUAAGUUAUUCAGUACCAAAAGCUGUGUUUCUGUCGUUUCGUUUUCGAUUAACAUUUUGUUAUCAUGCAUGUAGAGCACUCCAGGAGCAAAUAUGGGAGCUUGAAUCUCCUUGUCAAGUUGGGUGGUUGUGCCCUGAGCAGAUGUCAACUGCUAGGAUCUUAGGCAACUCCGCUGACGUGUUGUACUAUGCUGAACGGGGUAUCAGGCAAUCAGUGAGUGCAGGAGACAAGUUCAUAUUCGUCCCAUACUAUGAGGAUUCUCAUUGGACCCUACUUGUGAUUUGUGUUUCCAGUAACACAAUCUUCUACUUUGAUUCUGCUCGGUUACCUCAAGCUCGAAAGCGCCUCGUGAGGUCCAUACUGCAAAGUACCAUGAAGAAGAUAAAUCCUCGAUCUGCUCGAGGUCCUACAUGGAAAGCACCCAAGGUAAUUCACCCAUGAUGUUCUGCUUUGUUUCAUGUGCUUUGUUUGGUUAUGUUGUGCUUUGUUUCAUGGAGCUAUGCAUUUUGAUUCAUUUGCUUUGUUCCUCAUGCUAGUGCGCACAACAGGAAAACGGAGUUGACUGUGGCCUAUACGUGAUGAG